AUGAAAAAUAAAUUAAGGUCGGCUAGCUCUCAGAUCAAGUCACCUGCUGGCUCCAGUUCUGGUGGAGACGAUUCACGUGCGGUGGCGGCAUUAAAUAAGGACAAGGAUAAUGCAACUAACCGAAGCGUAUCGAUGGUUGAUAUGUACAUUGAUAAUUCAGAGCCAAGUGAGAAUGUUGGACAGAUACAUUUCUCACUUGAGUAUGAUUUCCAGAACACAACAUUGAUUCUCAAAGUUAUUCAAGGCAAAGAACUCCCAGCAAAAGAUUUAAGCGGCACAUCAGAUCCAUAUGUUCGAGUGACUCUCCUACCAGACAAGAAGCAUCGCUUAGAGACGAAAAUCAAGCGCCGAACAUUGAAUCCACGCUGGAACGAGACAUUCUAUUUUGAGGGUUUCCCAAUACAAAAGCUACAAUCUAGGAUACUGCACCUUCAUGUAUUCGAUUAUGAUCGAUUCUCGAGAGAUGAUUCGAUCGGUGAGGUGUUUUUGCCAUUGUGUCAGGUUGACUUUACCGGGAAACCUUCAUUUUGGAAAGCUCUCAAGCCACCGUUGAAAGAUAAAUGCGGAGAGCUUCUAUGUUCAUUAUGUUAUCAUCCAUCAAAUUCAAUUCUUACACUUACACUCGUAAAAGCUCGAAAUUUGAAGGCAAAAGAUAUCAAUGGAAAAUCAGAUCCAUACACAAAAGUCUGGCUUCAAUUUGGUGAUAAGCGUAUCGAGAAACGCAAAACGCCAAUAUUUAAAUGUAAUCUCAAUCCACACUUUAACGAAUCGUUUAGCUUCAAUGUGCCAUGGGAAAAAAUUCGUGAGUGUUCACUCGAUGUCAUGGUUAUGGACUUUGAUAAUAUAGGACGUAAUGAAUUGAUUGGACGAAUACUUUUAGCGGGUAAAAAUGGAUCUGGAGCGUCAGAGACAAAGCACUGGCAAGACAUGAUCUCAAAACCACGACAAACAAUUGUGCAGUGGCACCGGUUGAAGCCCGAAUAA